CUUAGCGAGAUGGCCACGCUGAGCGUCAAGCCGGGGCAGCGGUUCACGGUGCCGGACUGGCACACCAACUCCCACCUCAUCUCUGCCGACGCCGAACGCCAGCGCUCUGUGUCCCACCGGGUCCGGCAGGAAGCGCGAACUCUCCGCAAUGAAACCAACAACCAGACGAAAUGGGAUGAGCACGACAACCGAACCCGCCUGGCUGAACGUAUCCGGAGCGUGAACAGAUGGAAGGAGACCCUGGACAAAUGCCUGGCAGAUGUAGAUGCGGAACUCGAUGCCUUAGCCAAAGUGAAGGAGGCAGCAGAACGUGCCCUCCAGGCAAAGAACCUGCCUUUAGACGUUGCCAUUGAGUGCCUGACACUCCGGGAGAGCCGCCGCGCCAUCGACGUGGUGAGGGACCCUGUGGAGGAGGAGCUGCACAAGGAGGUGAAGUUGAUAGACAAAGCCAAGAGAGAGCUGCAGCAGAAAGCGAGUGAAGCCUUCGAACAGCUCUGCCUCUUGCAAGAAGCUCGCCAGCAGCUGAGCAGUGACCACCAGUGCAAGGUGGAAGCGUUGGAAUUGGAUCGUAUGUGCUUAUCCCUCAGCGUCAACUCUCCCAACAUCUCCUUCAAGGUCAACCCAACUCGGGUCCCAAAUGGAUCAACUACGGUUGAUGAGUGGGAACAGAACAGCCAGAGCAACAAGGAGCGUGCUGAGGCAGAAAUGAAAACCUCUGCUGAGCUCCGAGAAGCCAUAGUGCUUGCCAUUGCCCAGACAAACAACGAGCUGGAGGCUCAGCGUGUAGCUACAGAGUUUGCCUUGCGCAAGAGGAUUAGAGACCUGGAAAAAGCCUAUGAUGAACUGAAAUGGCAGGAGCAGAACACCUUGGAGGAGAUUGCUGAGAUGGAGGAGGAGAUCCGACACCUGGAGGAAGAGCUUCGGAGGAAGAUGCAGGAUCUGAAAGUGGCGCACACCCGCCUGGAGACCCGCACCUAUCGGCCCCGUGUAGACCUCUGUCGGGAUCAGGUCCAGUACGGGCUAACAGAUGAGGUCCACCAGCUGGAGGGAACAAUCCGUGCACUCAAACAGAAGAUGGCAGAGUCACAGAAUUCUUUGGAUGCUCUUUACCGACAACUUCACCGCAUCCAGACAGAUCUGGGCUACAAAACGAAUUCCCUGGUAUUGGAUAACAAGUGCAUGGACACCCGGAAGAAGCUUCUGGUCCCCUCUGAGAGGGUUCUGCCGGAGGCAGAGACUUUCCCCCGGGCCACAACCCGUGCGCUCCCUGCACGGACAAACGGGCAGCAGGACCUGGUGAAAGAGAGAGCUACUGACUCAGUUCCAUAG